GCAGGACCUCGGCUAAUUAUUUGAAGGAGGGAACCUAGUGAAGCCUCCCUCCUCAUCUUUGCCAUCAAUCUCACUUCAUUUGUUACUGUAAGUUGGCGUGGCGGACCCCGUUGAAGAUAACGCUGUUUUCAUACCGGGAGCUCAACGGUCGCUGACGGUCUUGGUGGCUGGCUGAGUUUAGCAGCAAGGGGCAGGAUGUCCAACAACAUGGCCAAGAUUGCAGACGCUCGAAAGACGGUGGAACAAUUGAAACUGGAGGUCAACAUAGAGAGGAUGAUGGUAUCCAAAGCAGCAGCUGAUUUAAUGGCCUACUGUGAAACUCACGCCAAAGAGGACCCCCUGGUGACCCCCGUGCCUUCAUCUGAGAACCCGUUUCGAGAGAAGAAGUUAUUUUGUGUAAUACUGUAACCUCCAAAACACAGAAACAUUAGAGCUGUUCUAAUGUGGAAUUCAUCGUCAGCGACAACACACUGAGAAAAGUUUUUUAUUGUUUUUUUUUCUUCGCAACAUUCAGUUUUAAUU